AUGGAAACCAUCAACCACAUCAUCAACGGCAACGGGAACGACAAUGGUAAUAACCACGGUUACACCAAUGGUAAUAACCAUGCCGUAUAUGAAACCGAACAAGAUACCAUCGUCACCACGGAACGAAAAUCAAUCAAAGCUCGCCUCCAAGACGGUGAUUGCUUGUACGGUAUGUCAUUUCUUAGCUUCUGCCCGACGAUGGUUGAGAUAGCAGGAUGGUCUGGCUAUGACUUCGUUAUCCUUGACCUCGAGCAUGGCUUCGGAGGCAUCUCUGAAGGCCUGCGAUGCAUCCAUGCACUCACUGCGGCCAACACACCGGUCAUCGUUCGUGUGCCGGAGCUUUCGCACGUGUGGGUCAAGAAAGUGCUCGACCUUGGUCCUCAAGGCAUUAUCUUCCCCCUCGUUGAUGGCCCCGAAUCAGCCAAGAAGGCCGUCUCCUAUUGCAGGUACCCUCCAAAUGGAGUUCGUGGAGUGGCAACACCGAUUGUAAGGGCGUCAAGGUUUGGUAUUGAUGAAAGCUACGCAAAGAAGUACGAGAAAGAUUUGUUGAUUCUGUGCCAGGUAGAGACUGCAGAGGGAGUGGAUAACGUAGAAGGAAUUGCAGCCGUUGAUGGGGUUGAUGGCAUUAUGGUUGGACCGUUGGAUCUGAGUGCAAGUGUUGGGUGCAUGCACGAUCCCAGAAAUGAAAAGGUGAAAGAGAUGAUGAGGAAGAUUGAGAGCACCGUGUUAGGAAUGAAGAGGAAAGAGGGCGGUGGGCCCUACUUGGCUGGCUUCGCUAUGCCAUUCGACGGUCCGGAUCAGUUCAGGAGCCGCGGCUACAAAUUGAUUCGUGGGGUCACUGAUGUUGGCUUGUUCAAGAACGCAUGUGUUGGUGACGUCAGCAAGUUCAACAUGAACACCAACAAGAUCAACGGCCAGUACUACUAG